UUUUAUUACAUUGUACAAUAAUUACACAAUAUGAUGGCAAGAAUGAAAUGCGAAAAACUGUUUUCAAACGAAACUGAAGAAAAACAUGAACAUUUAGAAUCGAGAGAAGUUUUUGAGAAUUCGAUAAAUAAAAACGAUAUAUCGAAGUAUUUUAUCGAUGCGACCCACGCAAAGCUUACUGUCUCGUAGCCAUCACAGACUGCGGACUUUCACUCAAGUAUCAAGGAUUGCAUGUAGAAUGUCGGAACACGAUGAUACUUUACUGGAUGAAGACCUUGGAGAUGACGAAUACGAUCUAGGCAAGGAUGAGGAAGAGGCCCUAUUGGCAGAUGAUUAUGAAUUGGAGAUGAAUAGCUAUAAGGGAGAAGAGGAGACAGAUGAUGUACUGGACUUAGGAGUUACCGACGCACUCGACGACUUAGAUGGUGAAGAUGAAAAUAUAGAAUUUAGUAGAAGCAAGACGAGUAGAAGUAAUGACAAUGACUUUUACGAAGAUGGAGAUCGACUAGAAGUUCAAUCGAAAUAUUACGAGCGAGAUGAAAUUAACGAGUACAAAAAUGAUCAACCGCGUCAACAAGAUGAACGUUCAGCAGGCGACAAUAUUAAUACUUCUACUAAUAUUGGCAAAGGAGAUUUGCGAGAAAAGUUACAGAAAAAUGCAAAAAUCUACGCAGCGACUGGACAAGGUUUCGAGGAUGAUGAAUGCGAAGAGGCCAAGGAAAGAAGGAAUAGAUUCCAAAACGAGAGAACCAUAGUUUCUCCAAAAAUGAAUAGCAACAUACCGGACACUUUGGAAAAUGUUGUAACAUCUGAACCAUCGAAGUUAGUGUGCAGAGGCCGUGGAAGAGGUCGAAGUACAAGAGGAAGCCGUGGAGGAAGAUUUAAUACGCAGAAUUCUGGGAAUUUUAAUCCAAGAUUUAACAACGUGCGCAAUAUGAAUUUCGAUAAUCAAGCACCAGUGUGCAGACCGCCGUUACUCGAAGCCAGACCACCUUUUCUUCUCGGAGUACCCAACAACGUACAAAAUCAGCAGAUAAUCUAUCAACAACCAAAUUCUCAAGUACAACCUUUCCAGCAUUAUUCACCAAAUGGUUCACUCCAAGGCCCUACACAUUUUGUAGAUAGUAGACCGCAGUUCAACCCUAAUCAAUUUCAAGGUCAAGUAGGCCCUCGAAUAAUCGGGCCAAGGUUAGAUUAUGGACCUCGAGGUAAUUUGCCAGGAUCGUUGCAAGGACCAGCUUACAACCACCCACCGAAUCAACCACCGUACGGGCAAAUCCAACCGGGCCCUUUCCAAAACUCCAGCGUCCUGAUACAAGACAAUCAAACUCGUCUGAUGCAAAAUAAUCAAGCUCCGCUGCUGCAAGGGAAUCCAGGAGGGCCGUUGCUUGGAAAUCUAAAUCCACUGGUAUCUGUCGCUUCGGUGCCGUUGUUGCAAGCAAAUCAGAAUCAGACGUUACCGCUGCAAGGGUUUCCACGACAACCUUCCCAGGGGCCACCCAUUAAUCAUCCUAACGUACAAAUAUCCAAUCCGGCACCUUUCGAGAACAGACCAAGUUUUCAAGAAACACAAUUUGAGAACCGACCUGUUUACGAUUCGAGGUCCGGCUAUUCCGAUCAAGUACCUACCAGCCAAUUUAAUACUAACACGUUACCGGUUCCGCAACAACCUGCUUCCAAUGUACCCAAUGUACCUUUACCUCCAGGCCACAAGAUUUUAAUCAAUCCUCACUUUCGAGGUGCCGUUCAAUCGACCAAUGAUGCAGCAAGACUGGUAUGGGAUUCUGCUCAACAACAGCAACAAACACCUUUGUCAUCACAAAUUCCUACUAGUCAGUUUUCACAACCCAUAUCGUCUUAUCAAAAUCAGAGUUCGUAUAAUCAGACUCAACAAGGGCCGCCGCAUUAUCAACAAAAUUAUCAACAAAAUAAGAGUGACGAUCCUUACGCGUACUUCUCAGACGUUUGGCAAGAAAACAAGCCCCAAAAGAGUAGUCAGAGUGGAACUCUCGGUAAACAGUAUUCCACUGAAAGUAAUUACACGCGAGAGAGUAAUUACGAGGCCAGUUCGAAAUAUAAAUCGGGUCAGUGGGAUCAGAAAGACAGUUACCAGGAGGAUCAUAGAGGAGCCCAUCAGAAUUAUCGCGAGAGAGACUUGCCGUCUAAAACUAGAAGCGAUUACGUUCAAAAGAAUAGGCCACCGCCCUCGAAUACAUACCGGGAGAGCUACGAGCAAAACCAUGCACAAAAAUCGCCUAGUAACAGACCUCCUAUGAAUACUUUAGUCAAAACUAGAUUACCCCAAAAAAGAAUUUCUGAUCCGGUAGAUCGAUCUUUACGCGAUCUAAGUCCAAAACGCACGAAAGCUAACAACAAUAGGAAUCUUCAUGAAGUGCGAACAGUGGAUACAUUGAAUACUACGAGUAACGAAAAGAAGGACGAAGAGAGUGAUCCAGAGAUGGAAGAGUAUAGAAAGAAAAUGGAGGAACAAAAGCGGCUUAGGGAAAAGAUUUUACGCGAGAAGGAGAAUAGGCGGAAAAUGGCUGCAAUGGAGAAACAAAAUGAAGAAGCUAAAAACGAAAGUAACACAUCAAGCGAAAGCGCACAGGAUGCAAAGUCGGUGUCAGUACUUAUGGGAGUGGUAAAAGAUGUUUCCACGAACAAAGGUCAUAUCGGUAUUGGCAGAGGACGAGGUCGUCCUAUCAAUACACAAGCUACAGAGGCGGCAGAGAAAUCGUGUGUGCGAAUUGUCAGAACGAUACAAACUGUACAACCCAGUGACUCGAUAGAUUCUACAAAGGAUAAUAACUCUGGACAUACAGUUGGCCAAACCAGUGAUACUACAAAAACUUUGAAUGCGCAGUCUGGAACGCGACGAGUCGUAAUACAAAAGUCGUUAUCGAAUACCCACAAGAUUGCAACCACUAUACAGAAGACUGUAUCGAAUCUACAGAAAGGUCAACUGGUAUUACAAAGUAAAGUAAAUAAUCCAGUACAGGGUACAACUCAAAAAAUUCUACAAACUCAGUCAGAUCUGUCGAAGAAAUUGACAAUCGUUGGACAGAAGAUUGGCAAUAAUCCACAGAGAAUCGUUAAACAAAAACCAUCUACAGGUCUACAGAAAACUAUCAUCAGCGUACAAGAAGUAACGAAUGUCAAUGCGCAAAAGGUUGUUGUCAAUACUCAAAGCAAUCAAAGAGUUGUACUUCAAAAGACACCAAUUCAACAAAAGAAAUUACCAGAAAUAAAGACGAAUACUGUGAAAGUAGAGAAUUUAGCAGCAAGUACAUCCGAGACACAAAUUAGGCGUAUGUGUCAAGGGAUUGGAACAAUUGAGAGCAUUCAAAUGGGUGAACGUAGCGCUACGAUUGUGUUUAAGACGCAGUCCGCUGCCAUGGUGUUUCAUAAAAAAUACCAACGCAAAAUGAUAGAUCUCUCACUGAUAACCGUUCGCCUUGUACCACAAACAAGCGGAACUAAAACCACGGCUAUUGUGAAAGUUUCUUAAAGGAUAUACUAGCUAAGCCAACCUUGUAUCUCAAAUACCAAAAAAUGCAUAGUAUAGUUACAUUUGUGUUUAAAAAUAAUAUUUCACGAUUUAAUUGAAGCAGCCUGCGUAUAAUUCAGUGUGCAUUUCAUAUUUUACAUACUUAUCUAGGAUAAGGUAUAUAUGCAUCAUACAUAAAUACACACACACGUACACACACCCCGCCUACUACCUACAUACCUACCUACCUACUUACCUACCUACCUAUCUAUCUAUCUACCUACCUGCCUACCUACCUACCUACAUACCUACCUACAUACGUACAUACGUACAUACGUACAUACAUACAUACAUACAUACAUACAUACAUACACACACGCACACAUACAUAAAAUCGAAAAAGCAACUAUAUAUAAUUAUGCAAAGAUUAGAAAAAAAACAACAUAUUUUUGGCUGCAGAUGAAUUGUAUAAUAUAUCUUCGUGAACGAAGGUAAAAUGUCCUAGCAACUUAAUUUGUACAUAUGUCAAAUGCAGUGUAUAUUUCAUAUGAAAAUACAUGUGGUAGAUCCAACGUGCUGUGCAUUUAAAAGCUACUGUUUACUAUAUAUCGUAUAAUAUAUACAGCUGGUGAAUUUAUAAUUUUGAACGCAAAAAAAGAGCAUACAUGUCAAUAAAUAAACUGCGA